UGAGGACUGAGGACCCCUACGGGUGGACAGCCGAAGACGGAUGGGAUAAGACGAGACGAGACAAUACUACCUGACCUUAGCUCAGAGGCAAGGUUGAGAGGUAAGUAGGUAGUAGGUAGGUAUCCGAAAGGGUGCGUAGAGUAUAGACGGUACUUGACUCGUUGCGCGCCUGCACUGCUAUAUCGAGCCAAACACAAGAGUUAGUGGAUGUGGAUGGGCGAAACAACUGAUGGGAUUCGAGACCGAGGACUCGUUCGCAAUGAAGAGAAAAAGAAGAAGAGAGGACAAGAGGAACAGAAAGGACGGGAGAAAGACGAACAAGAAGCUACGGGGGAUGCGUGUGACAGCGAGCGAUGGUGACGGCACGAGCAAUGGCGAUCACGGCCGGGGAUUGGAUUGCACGGGUAUGAUCCAGCGAUUCUACACUUGCCUUGCCUUGCCUAAGAGGCUACAGCCUACAAGCACAGCUAGCACCCAUAAGAGAAGACCCAGAGUUAUUGCCAGAUGGGGCUUGCUGGGGUGCUUGAUGCUGGUGCGACAGGGCAGGAUAAGGGUAGUGGAGGACAGAGAAUGCGACGGGAUAGGAAUAGGUAGGGUAGGGUACUGUACUGUACCUAGGACUAACUGGACGCUAUCCUUACACUGACUGGAUGGAUACCGAUAAGCCUGGCAAGCCUGGGGGGUAUGUUGAAGGCCAGGCCAGGUGACUAACACGGCACUGAAGCGAAGCUUUGGGCCUUUGGUAACGAUCCAAUCUGAGACGUUAUACGAGCGCCAACCGUUGACCUGAGUCGAGGACCGUCCGUACUCGCUUUUAGAGAGGAUGAGCGUGAUCGGAGAUAAUCGCCCCCCAAAACCGUGGACGCGGAUAGGGCGGUUAGAGAGGCGGACGACAGCGGUGACUCAAUGGAAGGAAGGGAUGGUUUGAUGUUAUCGUGCACCUCCAAUGCAUUGGCAAUGCCUAGAGUCUAGAAUUAUGCAGGUUGAUGAUUCGUACGCGUUGCUGAAUGGGGUGUAGUGUCUUCCGUGCUGUAGGUACAGACGGGAAUACAGAGACAGUCCAAGGCUCCAAGUCAAGAGAGGUCGGGACAGGCUGAUCGGGGUUGCGUCACACACACACACACCCUAGACGCAACUCUGGUACCGACUAUUGUAUUGUAGGUACACGAGGGAGUUACGCGGUGGUCGAACAGAUGCUGUGCGAGCAAAGUUUGUAGAAUAACAACAAAGCACAGGGUACAGAAGGUUAAUUGAGUUGAACAAAAUGAAUUGCCAUAUGAAGAA